UGGUCGCUUAGCAAAUGGCUGACAAGUGAGAUGUCAUAAAAUUGUGUUUUUCGUGUGAUAUGUGCUGUGAUUUUUCACAAAAUCCAUUGAAAAUCAAUUGAUAUUUCACCUUUUGUACAACACUCUUGUGUUAACAUAAUCACUAAAAAAAAAGAAGCGAUAAGAUCUAUUUGAAAGUAUCUACGAAGUCAUUUUACAUAGAGACAUCCUCAGGAUCAGAUGUGAGUAACAUAAAUUUUUUAGAUGGUGGAGAUGGACGAACAUUUUGUAGAAGAGUUUGUUGUAAUUAAUGAAUAUUCUAUUUUUCGGAAGAGAGAAUGUCCUCCGAAAACAAAAGCCAAACGGACAAAGAAAGGCUCUCCAAAAUUUUCGGACUAUCUCCACCUCCAAUUCCACUGUUAUUAUGAUGAUAGAAAUCUUACAAGACAAAGCAAAUGCGCUGAGAUGGUUAAUAUUGUAAGGAAAGAUGUUCCGUCUAAACGAGGGGUGUUUUUGAAGCAAUAAUAAAAAGUAUAUAUAGAGGCAGGUGAUAGAAGAAGUUCAAAAUGAAGGGCUUUACGCUUCAGAAAACUCAAACUGUCGUUACUUUGUCCAUGUUUACAAUUCUCGACAUUUUCAAAAGUUUUCCAGUGAAUUUUGCAAAGAGAAUCCAUUAAUUUUCCCAGGCUACAUGGACGCUAACCGGUGAAUUUGUCCAGCUUGCCCAUAAUUGAUUAUUUUAUUUCAAAAGAGACAAAAAUUUAGUAAUAGUUUCUUUUAAUUUAAAAUUAGACAAUGUUUUUAUUAUGUUGUAUAUUUUGUAUUAGUGAUGGGGAGAUGAAAAAAAUAUUUUUUUCUAAUAUUGAACUAUGGAAGCUGGCGUAUGUAAGAUUUUUUCGUGGGUUACAAAGAGGGCGAAAAAGAGAAAGAACAGAAGAUGGAAGUAUCAAUUUAUUUGCGGGGGGAUGGAGGCAAUUUGUGAGCUUGGUGUGUGAGCGAGAUAGUAAAUGUCAUUACUUCACCCUUGUCGAAUACAAACCCCUCGGUAUGAUAGCGUUGCUCAACUACAAUCAAAAUUGGUGUCUGUGACCAAUAUGCAUACAUACUCAGAAGUGGGAUAGAAUUUGAUUGUGUGUGGGUAUGCCCAGGGUAUGUUGCUCUCCCUGUCGCACGUAUUGACCGGCCAGACCGGUCUGAGAGAGAUCGUGCUGAUGGCGAAGACAAUCGGCGCCCCUUCGUGGCGACUUUGAUGCUUGGCACAACGAAGCGGGGAGGGGUGAAAAAUCUCGUGUAGUUUCAUCUCGUUCCGCUGCGUUAUGAGGGCGCAUCCGUUGGGUGCCAUUUUCAUUUAUUGGCGUCCCUGUUUUAUACGUUGCCUCAUAUGGGGCGCAUGUGUUGGUAUAGCAUUUUGGCUUGAGAUAUUUGGGCGUUGAUUGGCAAUGUGUGUGAGUGUUUGAAAUUACAUUGGAUACACAGCAUCAGAUAUACUCACAUGGAUAUGGAUUUUUGAGAUGUGAGAAUUUAAAGAAAAAAAAAAUACUUUUGGUACAUGUAUUGGUUGGGAGUUUUGGUGAGAAAUUUUAAAAUGCAGUGUUGCCGUACUUGAUGCUGGUGGUAUGGAUUUUCUGUAGAGUGGGUAAAAGAGAGAACGCCGCAGGAGUCCUCUCUAGCGAGAAGAAGAAGAAAAAAAAGGCGGCUGAAUAUUGUGCGUAUAUGUGGUUUGGUCAGUUUCUUCAGUGAAAAGCGUUCUAAGCACGGCUUUUUGCCGCGCUCCCCAGUUUAUAUUUGUUAUCUGAGGCAUUAUUAAUAAUCUCCGCAUGUUGCACUAUGCGAUUUUGAGGCGUGAGAAGGAAAAAUCAUUUGUGAAAUAUUACUUUUAACUUCGAAUUAAAGGACAUUUCAACGUUUUCCUGACAUUUUAUUACUAUUUUCUUUACGCUAAGUUUUUCGAACUAUUUUUUUUUCUUAAGUCAUUCGUUGUAAAAAGGACAUUAUAAGAAUAGAUCAACUUUCCAGUGAGAUUCUUGGUGAUUUGCCAGACAAAUUGUAAUUUGUGGUAUAAUGAUGGAAAAAUGUCUGCAAUUGUGAAUUCUAAGCAAAAGAUAGACAUUUUGUGUUGAAAUUUUUAUUUGAAAGUCAUUAUAUAUCUGAACACCUGUUCCUAAACUUUUUAGCUGUUUAAAUAUAAUCCUGACAAGGUCUGAAAAAGAUCAUCCUGGCAAAAUAGAUACAAUUCAACCAAAGUCAGUAAUCUUGCAAAGAAUCAGCAGAACAGUAAGAAGAUAGAAGACAAAAGUUUGGACGCGGAUUUUAGUGUGAUGAACGUUUCUUCAUCUAUGAAAGAUUGUUAAUCAACUUCUUGGAAGUUGUUUGGAAUAGAGAGUAUAAAAGAAAAAAACGAUAUAUAUGUAGAUGUUGAUGGAAAAAUUUGUGGAAAAUUUUUGACAUUGCUUCAGCCUGACUUCAACAACCCGAAAAAAAGAAAUUUUCACUUGAGGAAUUUGGUGUGGAAUAUUGGAGAGGAAAAUUUUUUAAAGGAAAAGCACAUCCCCGUAGACGGUGUAUCUGAAAGGAGCAACGGAUGAAGUAGUAAUACCGGGGUAGCCUGAGGAAUACAUUGUUUUUCUUCAGAUCGUUGUAACCCCCAUUUUUUUACUGGGAAAAUAUUAAUUCAUGCGUAAAUCAGCGCCAUAGAAUUUUUGAAGCUAGAGAGUGCUAGAGCAGGACAACUAGAGGUGAUGGCAAAGAAUCCAGCAAAAAAUUGAGAAGAGUUAGUUUGGCAACAUAGCACCCUUGGUGAGGCUGUAAUAUGUGUUGAAAUUGAACUCUGGGCUACGACGUCAUCGGCCUCUGUAGAGUGAGAAAGAAAAGCGCGGUAGACGCUCAAUAUUGACUGCCAGCAUACGCAUACAAAUAAACAAAAACCCCCCAAUACAGUUGAAAAAGUGGGAGAACGGAGAGGAAAAUUUUCCCAAGUCACCAAUACAAAAUUGAUAAUUUCGUAUUGCUAUUGACACACACAUAUGCACAAGAUCGUUUUUGAAGAAGCGAGAAAGAGAUAUUGAGGCGCGCGCGUUUUUCAGUGGCGCUUCAGUGGAGCUCAGUGAAUGUGUGUAAGUGUGCAAGGGAGAAGACUCGAUAGUUACAACAAACUGCUCCAAUAGGCCAAUAGUUGGGUGCAUGAAUGAGACAGCAAGAAGCGUCAGAGUGUUUUUCUGGGUGCGCUGAGAAAUAAAAUAGGCGUGCGAGUGAGAGGUUUCAACUGAAAAAUUCACAUCCCGAGACCCAUCCGAACGCCAAAGUCGGGUUUUUCCAACACAACGGCAUAGCUGAGGACCCGAAGUGAAGGAAAAGAAAGAAGAGCGCGCGCGUUGAGAUUGUACACUCAUUUUUUCGCAAAAAUUAAAACACUUUUUUUGGUGUUACAAUUUUAAGGGAAAAGGAGAUAUAAGGAUUGAAAAUUUGUGCACAUUUUCGGUUGUUUUGUGUGUGCUAAUGUGAACAAAAACGAAACAGUUUGACGAAAUCGAACAAAAUACGGGAAAGAUCGAAGGAUUUGAGACAUACCAAUUCCCCUGUAAAUAAGGAGAUAUAUACAUCAGUCUUUGGUGCAUUUUCUCUUAUAAACGGCGCGACCAAUAAAGUGAAGUAUAACCGAAAACCGAGAAUUUCUGUGAAGAGAAGUAAUUAAAUAGAAAUUAGGAUAAUUGAAAGAAGCUAAAAUAAAAAAAAGGAGAGAAAAAAAUUAAUGUGAGAGAGUGUUGAGAAAAGGAAAAAUUUCAUUAGUGUAUUGCAAAAGGCGGUGGAGAUAGGAAGACGAAGAAGUUGAAGGAAGAAGAAGAAGAAAAAAACGCGCUCUCGACGAUAAAGCAGGGCUUUAGGAGAGGCAAAGGGAACAAGGCACAGGCAAAAGUUUGAGCUGGAAAGUUUAGAGUAAUAUUGGAGAGAAGAGGAAGUGUCUGUGUUGGAGGAAGAAUUAGUGAAGAACAUUUUGUAUGUGUGUUAGUGUGUGCUAUUCUGUGGGGGGGAGGUGAAGAGGCGCUGAGAAUUUUUUGGGUGAAAAAAGUUUACCGAGAGUGGUGGAGUUGAGUCAGACCGGGAGUGCGACAAGGCACAAGGGAUAUUCCCCACCUUAUUAUAAGUAUCUGAUCCCUGGGAAUAACAAGGCAAACACAAACACAAUGUCGGAGCACCACCGUGGUGCUUGGGGUACACGCGAAGAGGCUGUAUGGUGGCCAGGAGCAAUAGCAUCGACAGAUCAGCAGACACUCCAGCAACAUCAUCAGCAUCUCAUAAAUCAGCAUCAUCAGCAACAACUGGCACAGCAGCAACAACAGAUCCAGCAGCAGCAACAUCAGGCGGCUGUGCAGCAGCAACAGCAACAGCAGCAGCAGCAGCAGCAGCAAUCUCAACAGCAGGUCCACAGUGAAUCACGUGGGCAGCAGAGUACGGCAUCCGUGGUACCCACCCAGCAACUAUUCUCCUACAAAAUGGCGAGCAGCUUCCAGAAUCCCGCUACAACAAUCUCGGGCACAACCGUGGUCACGAGCAAUUCGCCCGUUGGUGCCUAUGACUAUCGCCUAAUGGGUGGUAUGGUAGCCAGACCAGGCGAUCCUCAAUCCAUGACAGCCACUCCGGGCACACAAUGGUGGUAUCCGGGCGGCCAGAAUAUCGACAAUGCUCUUCAACAGCACCAGAAUCAGCAACACCAACAGAAUCUUCAUAAUGUUCACACACCACCACCAUCGAAUCAGCACAUUCAGACGCAGAAUAAUCAGCAAGCUCAUCAAAACCAAAACAAUCAACAAAUACAAAUUCAUACGCAAAACGCCAAGAUGCCGCGAGGUGGUAAAGUCGACGCCAAGCCACGAGGACGUAUGACGGCGUAUGCCUUUUUUGUACAAACAUGCCGCGAGGAGCACAAGAAAAAGCAUCCCGAGGAGACUGUCAUCUUUGCUGAAUUCUCACGGAAGUGCGCCGAAAGGUGGAAGACAAUGUUGGAUAAGGAGAAGAAGCGAUUCCACGAGAUGGCUGAGAAGGAUAAGAAGCGCUAUGAUCUUGAGAUGCAGAACUAUGUUCCACCGAAGGGUACGGUUGUUGGACGUGGCAAGAAGAGGAAGCAAAUUAAGGAUCCCAACGCACCCAAGAGAUCACUGUCGGCUUUCUUCUGGUUCUGCAACGACGAACGCAUGAAGGUGAAGGCUCUCAAUCCCGAGUACGGUGUGGGAGACAUCGCCAAAGAGCUGGGUCGCAAAUGGUCAGAUGCUGAUCCUGAAGUCAAGUCCAAGUAUGAGGCUAUGGCUGAGAAGGACAAAGCACGAUAUGAGCGGGAAAUGACGGAGUAUAAGAAAAAGAGCAAAGGUAUCCAGCAGGUGCCAGUUCAACCGCCACCAGAGGAAGAUGACGAUGACGAUGAUGAAGGCGAUGACGAUGAAAAUGAGUAAAAUGGAUUUAAUUGAAGAAAAGGAGAAAAAUCUGGUGGGAUUAUACACCAGAAAAUUAAAAAUACUAGUUUAAGGGACUGACAAAGAAGUGAAUUACACGGCAAGUGGCUGGAACAUUAUUUCACCACCGAGGAUUGACAAAAAAAAGGUAAGAUGUUUUGCAGAGGCAAUGAUUGAAAAGAAAAGGAAAAAAUAACAAGAAAUAUGAAUAGUAAAAAAUACAAAUAUACAUUUUUUGUAUAUUUUUUCUCCCAUUUAAAAAAAAGAGGACGAUUAUGAAGUGAAGAGAAGUUAGAUGAACCUUACACAAUUGAACUUAGAAUAGUGGCAAUUGAAUAAGUGAGUGUGAAGAGAAAUAUACAAAGAAAACGUGUUUUUUCUAUAAAUAUAAAAAUGAAAAUUAAAAAUUAUAUAUAUUGAUGAGUAAGAAACUUUUUCUAGGCAUAAUGUAAAGAUAUAAGAGAGAUAUAUCUUUAUAUUUUAAGUUGAAGAGAGAAUUUUUAAGGGAUCGAGAAUAAGGAGCCGAAAGAAGAAAAAUUAAAUAUAUACAAAAUAAUAAAAAAAACACAAAAAACAAAAAAGUGAACAACUCUGGAUAAAUUAGAAGUUCUCCAAUUUAUUUUUUUUCUUUCAUUUAAUUUAGAAAUAUAUAUCUUUUUGUGUCUCUCAAUGCUAAUUUAAGAAAUUCAUAAAAAGAAUAGAAUAUUCUUUAUGAAAAUACAAAAAUAUAACAAUUUAUUUCUCUUUUGUUUUUAAGUAUAUAAUAACUUACCUUCUAAUAUUUUUUUCUGAACUUUAAUUAUUAUUAUUUUUUUAUUUUGUAAUUUCUUACUGAAAUAUAAUGGAUAAUAAGAAAUGUGCAGAUGUUUGUGUAUGCGAAAUAACAAGUUUUUUUUUUCUUGUCCUUGAAUGUAAUUCCCAUGGAAGAGAAUUUUUUCGUGGGUUUUUCAGAAGGAAAGAAAAGAAAAAAACAAAAAAAAACCAACAAAAAAUAAUUACUCACUAGAAGAUAAAAAUUGAUUAUAGAAGAAAAAAAAUAAAUAAAAAUUUUAAUUGAAAGUAUAAAUUGCAUAAUGAAAUAUCUUAAUGUAUAUAAUAAAUUUGAAAAAAAGUACAUAAAUGUUAAGAUAUUAAACAAAAUGAUGGAGGGUUAGAACAGAAUUUGUGGGUGGAAAAGUUCACCCUUCAGGCAUCUUUGUAUAUAAAAUAAAUAUUAGAAAUGAUGGAAAUAGUGUUGAGGCAAAAUGAUAGAUCAUGGAGGAUUCUUUCUUCUUGCUUACAAUAUUUGCAAAUUUAAAAAAAAAUAAUAAACAAUAUUUUUUUCAAGCUGUGUAGAGUCUUCAAAGAAAAUGUCCAGAAGAGUUUGAUCUUUGAGGAAAAAUUGUGAUAAUUGUGAAUUUCAGGGAAUCAGCCUUCUUGCUGUUUUGUGAAAGAUAAUCAAAAGAAAUAUUGCAGAUAGCUAAAGAAAACAGUAAAGAAAUUUUGCUUUUUAAAAACCCCAAUGAAAAAGAAUUCUCCUUCUCUGAAUUUUCCUCAAAGUCUCUUCUGGACCUUUAACUUUCAGGUCUCAAUGGCAUUAAAUAGAUCAACAAAAACUGUUUUCUACUCCUUUAGUUUCAUGGGAAAAACAAAAUGCGCCACGGUGGGUUAGUGGUAGAGCACUGGAUCUAUGAUUCUGAGGUCCUGUGUUCGAGACUGGUGAACACCCAGAUUUUUUUCAUCAUUUAUUUUGAUCUCAAAUUCAUCCCUUGAAUGAAAUAAGUUGACUAGGUCUAGGCGAAUUUGAAUAAGAGGCGUUUUUAACUUAACUAUAUACUUCGGUCGAGAUAAUAUUGCUAGGAGUAAAACAUUGCGGAAACACAAAACAUUUGUCACUGAAACGUUUUCGCGUAUUUCGAGAAACACGACGAUAUUUCUGAGAAUACAAAACGUCUCCUCAAAAUAAAACUGUUCUAACUGCAUUUUCUUUGUAUCUGCAAUCGUAGCAAACGACGUUUCAUGAUGCGUCAUUAGCAACAAAUUCUGAUACAAAUUAAAUGCACUGAGGACAGUUUCAUUUUGAGGAGACGAAAAAUGCUUUUGGAAACACGAAAAUUUUUCUGGAACAGCUUUUCGAAACACAAAAAUGUUACUGGAAACAUCAAGCUGUUUCUACAAGUAGGAAAAUGUUUCUAGAAACACGAAGACGUAUUUGGAAACACCAAACUGUCUUUGGGAACACAAAAAUUAUUCUAGAAACACUAAAAUGCUUCUGGAAAUUUCAAAUUGUUUCUGAAAGUACGAAAAUGUUCCUGGAAAUGUGAAAAUGUUACCAGAAACGCUUUCGCGAGAUUAAUAGUAAUGCGAGUGUUUUUGAUAAUGCGAAAAUGCUUCUAGAACAGCUUUUCGAAACACAAAAAUGUUACUGGAAACAUCAAGCUGUUUCUCCAAAUAAGAAAAUGUUUCUGAAAACAUUAAGGGGUAUUUGGAAACAGUUAAAUGAUUCUGGAAGCACUAAAAUGUUACUGGGGAUAUGAAACUGUUUCUACAAAUACGAAAAUGUUUUUAGAAACACGAAGAUGUAUUUGGAAACGCCAGUUUCUGGGAACACAAAAAUGACAAAAAUAAUUCUGAGAACACAAAAAUAUUUCUAGAAGCGCAAAAGUGUUUGCAGCAUUUCUGUAUAGAAAACACAGAAAUGCUUCUUCUGGAAAUACUAAUCUGUAAAAACACGAAAAUGUUUUUGGAAACAUAAACAUGUUUCUGAAAGCACGGAAUUGUUGCUGAAUAUGUGGAAACAAAAUCUUGAAGAGAAAGAAUUUAUCUUGUGUUCUCAGAAACAGGAAUCGCAUACCAAUUUUUUUUCUCUUAAGAGUUACUCUCCUGGUUGAUUUCACUACCACGAACGGAAUGUUAUCGAGCUAGAUAGAAAACACUUCGUUUUUGAAUCAGAGGAACUGUUUGAAUCUAGAGCAAAACGUGUAACGAAAUGAUUGAGAGGAAAUCCGUAUUAUCACAGCUACACUUUGGUUAUCUAAAAGUGUCUCGACUAGAGAGGUUCGAAAACCACAAACUUAAUUUCGAAUAUUCGAAUUGACACACAGAAAAAAAUAACAGAGCAGGCCAAUGCCGAAAAUUUUAAUAGGGCAAUUUUUUUGAAAUCAAUUGCCUUGGUUUUUCUCAUAAGAAAAUGAAACUGUCACUGUUGACAUCAAUUAUUUUGCGAAAUUUGAUGUUCGAAAAAUUUAAACUCGCUAUAUUGACACUUCGAGACAUUUCAAAAUUCGAAAAGGAAAUCACAUAAGCUACAUAAAUUAACAGGAAGUCAAAAUGUCUCUUGACAGCAAAUAUUAAGAGCUAAAACAGCACUUUUUAACUUUUUUUCUCUCUAAAUGUUAGCAAACUGUUGUUAACAUUUAUCUAAAUUUUAACUUUUAGCGUUCGCUAGAUUCUUUGGCUGUUGAAACCGUUCUUCGAUUUUUUCCUUAAGGUCUCUACACAUUGGGAGCAAUUUUUGUCAAAAAUUGCAUUUUUGACAGAAUUUUGACGUUUCUGCCUACAGCACUGGAGCCAAUUUCCUUCAAAAAAGCAAUUUUUGACGAAAAUUGUGCUCAAUGUGUAGACACCUUUAGACAAACUAUGACUGAGGUCAUACGAAAUAGAAGAUGAUCAAUAGUAGACGCAAUUCUUUAUGUCUUAAAUAAUUUCAGAGUAGUCCAGUAGGUUCUGUAAUUUUCGUGGCAUUGUCACGCGUGAGUUCGAAAUCUGACAAUGCCAAUCGAGCUUUUUUUGUCAUAUCAUAUGCGUUCGAAAAUGCAAUUCACUGAUUUUUAAUGAAAUCCCUUUACUUGAUGUUUUUAUGAAAAUACAGUACGUCUUGGUUGAUUUGUUUAACAAAAUUCAUUGUCAUUUGAAUUGCCAGAAAUAUCAAAUAUGUGACUUCUGACAAUGCCACGUAAACUGAAAUGGCGAUAUCACGGCUACUGUAUCGUAUUUUCGAAAAAGCUCUCCUAAGAUUCGAACUCAAUUUGUCACAUGGCAUUGCCAGAGCUUUACAGAAUUCCCCUCCAGAAAAAAAUUGCUAAAAAGCCGAGAGUGUUCGAAUCUGUGAAUUUUAGUUCAAUUUCGCCAUAUUUAACGGAAGAUGUCAAAAACUUUCGUUCGAAAAAUUGGGAUAAGCAGCGCUCAAGUGAUAGGUUCACGAACUUUGCAUUUCGAAUUGAUCUUCGAAUGGAGUUACAAAUAGUUAAUUUUGAAUGCAAGGAUCAAAUUGCCUGUUGACUUAUUUUUCGAAUAGUUAAUUUCGAAAGAUUCCUUGUGAUGCAGGGCUUGAAGACGAUUCACCAGUCUCAAGUAUCACACUUUAUUGAAUGAAUUACAGCAGAAUAGACAAACUAAGCAAGGGAAAGGAUCCAAGAGUAAUUUAAUGGGAAGCUAAUUCACCCUGUUAAAUGGGUGAAUUGUCGCAUUACUGAGCCAUAUUAGGAGAGCAGAAGAAAAAAGGAAAUCCAGGAAGAUGGAAAUGAAGAAGAUGAUGAUAAGAAUUAUUUGGUGAGCAAGUGAAUUAAGGGAGAAGUAAAAAAAAUGUAGUUUAUUGUAUUUGUGAAGACAAAAAAAAAUUAAAUCUAAAAACAAGCAGAAAAACAUAAAAAAGAAACCUGCAAGUAAAUUAAAUAUAAGAAUUACCGCUGAUUGUAAAUACAAAAAAAAACAAUGGGUGAAAAUAACGAUAGAGAGAGGAAAAAAAGGGGUUAAAAGAGCGAAAUAAUUCAAGAUAAUUUCUGCAGACAAUUUCUAUUCUUUCACAUUUUUUUUGUAAUAACAAAUGGAGAUUUUUUACAUGCUGGGAAUAAAAAAUAAAGUAAAUAAGUAAAAAAAAGCUGAAUAAAAAAAUGGACGAUGUAGCAAAGGACAUUUUGAAGGGAUGAUACGUGGGAAAGACGUUGAAAGACCUCCUCAGAAGAACCAAAAGUACAACCGUUGCAAGUAUUUUUGUGUUAUUUAAUUGUUAUUGUUGUUUAAAUUAACAAACUCGCGCCUUUUACAGCCUUUUUUUUGCAAAUCUCACACCAUCCAACGGAAAGCUCGAAAAAAAAGGGAAAUAAGUGGAAAAUUAAGGGGAAGGGAGAUAUGAAGUUGAGAAAAUGAAUUAAAUAAAAAAAACUAGUGGACAAAACAAUAGCACGAAAUAGCUUUCCGAAUAAAGAAAAUCCACUCGAGAUGUUUCUAUUUUGCAAAAUGUGUUUUUUUGGUAAAUAAUGGGGUACGCACAGUUAUUUUUGUUUUCUAAACAUGUUUUCGAAAGUUUCAAAUGUGAGCGAGACGGCUAGAUAUAGGUCCUGUCGUUCACUCUGUCCAAACUGUCAAAUAUUUGUUUAGAAAACAAAAAUAAUUCUACGUUGCUCUCAAGUCUAUCAACUCUGUUUUUUUUAAUUUUCUUUCUCUAAUAGAACAAAAAGAAAAUGAGAGAAAAAUUAUAGAAAUGAAAAAAACCUUUCCCUGAAAAUAAAUUUUGUGGAGAAUAAAUAAAAAGAAAAAAAUUGAGAAGAUGAUCCAAAAGAAACACAAGUAAAGGAAGGAAAUAGUGAAGAAUGAGCAGAUAAUUUAUAAGCAUAAUUAUUUUACAAACAAAAAAAAAAACUAAAAAUAAUUCAAUAUUAUAUAGAAUUUUUCUAAUUAAACAAAAAUAUAUUUAAAAGAAUGAAAUCUCUCCGUUAAAAAAAAAACAAUGCAGAGUUGAAGAAACACAAGAUCGGAAUUUUUCUCUUGAAAGAAUAAAGCUAGGAAGGAAAAAGCAUUAAGUGUGGCAUUGAAUGGAGAUUUUGAAUUAAAAUAAACAAAAAAAACUGAAAAACAAGUAAAUGUUUAGAGAGAACAGAGCGAAAAACUUCUUGAACAAUUUCCAAAAAAAAAGAAACACCUCAUUUCGUUGACUCCCUUCCUUCCACUCAAAUUUUUCCAAUCCCUUUCAAAAUUUCUCCCCACCUUUUUUUAUAAUAAUAAUAAUAACAAAAAAAAAACAAGAAAAAUUCUCGCUCUGUUUUCCAAUUGCGGAAAAUAUCUACAAAAAAAAUGAAUAAUUAAUAUAAAAAAAAACUUAGUAAUGAGAUGGAAAAGCAAUGAGUUUUUCUUUUUUGUAUAUCUCUUAGGGAUAUUGAUAACAUGAGAAAAAAAUCAUAAAUAAAAAACUCAUUAAA